AUGGCGUCGGAAACGGAGGUGUCGGUACCGGCAUGUCCACCACUUCCGGAGGCGGUGGCCGGCCUUCCGGUGUGUGGAUUGGCGUCGAAAGCGAAAUGCCUUCAACCGCCUGAAGAUGCCGGUUGCGGCGACAGUGAUUGUGAAAGCGGAGUAGGCGGUGUCGUCGUUACAGGCGAUCGUCAACGAGUGCAGCGUGUUUCGGCCCGACGGACGGAAGCGGCCAAGGGAGGAUUAGCCAACGGUAGCCGUGGUGACGCCAGUGAAGGUGCCUCGGAAAGUGUCAAGUACGCCAAGUACAACGCAAGCGGCCGCACAGGCCCGGUGUGUAGUGCAAACGGUACAGCGGUGGUCGGUCGAAGGGCAAUGGUGAAGCAAGUUAAUGGUGCGGGCGGAGGUGCAGGGGCCACCAGCGCUGGUAGCUCGGUAUCGUUGGACGAGAUCCUCCAGACGUUCAAUGCUCCAAUCUCCGAGGAUCAGGCAUGGGCGCUCAUCUACCAGGCGUCCCGGAUGUUUCAGAUGCGCCUUCAGGAUCCCGGAUGCAGUUUGCGGGAUCUGCGUCUUCCGCUGCUCCCCAACCAGCUGCAUCUCCAAAAGGACGGCAGCUGCUUCGUGACUGCAAAGACAGAUAAGGAACUGUGCGUUCCGACGACCCAGAAAAAGAUACUGCUGAAGCUGGGCAUCGUCGUGUACCGGGCCCUCGACUACAACCUGCCCACGAGCGAAGACUGCCAGAUCUCGCACGAGCUGGAGCAACUGAUCGAGUUCAUGACGUCCGAAGAUAACGACGACGAAGGCAUCGAGCGUGACUCGGAAGAGAUCGAAGAGGACCUGGCCACGAUCGACGGCGAAGACGGUGACUGUGCCAAUGGCAGCGGAACGGCCCACAACGGCACGACGGUGGGCGCCUCCAACGGGUGCGGUGGCCAGCGAAAGCAUCUCGAAACCAAAGAACUGGAUCACGUGCUGGAGUACUGCUCGACGCGUGUAUCACCCACAAAGCCAGAGGACCACUAUCGGGCUGUUUGUCGGGCGCUGGUCACCGAAACACUCGAGCUUCGCACGUUCCUACAGCGCGUCUGCCAGGGUGAGGCCGAGGUGCUUCGGUUAAAGGCGCAGGCGGAAACGACCGGCAAGGAGCUGGAAAAGAUUCACUUCAACGACUGGUCAGAUGACCAGAGAAUCUGGCAGGCACUGCAAGCCCGCUUCUGGAUGCAAGUGGUCGAUGAGCUGCGCCGUGGUGUGCGGCUGAAAAAGAUAAACUUUUCGCGCACUCCCAUCGAGUAUGAGCUGACACCGUACGAGAUCCUGAUGGAGGACAUCCGUUCCAGAAAGUACAAUCUACGCAAGGUUAUGGUGAAUGGCGACAUUCCGCCGCGGGUCAAGAAGGACGCACACGCCGUCAUACUGGAGUUCAUCCGAUCGCGGCCACCAUUGCGCAAGGCAUCGGAGAGAAAACUGGCUCCGGCCCCCCUGCGAAGGAUUGCGACGCCCCGCGAACAGCUGCUGGACUCGAUCCGGAAAGGGCGCGUGCUCAAGCCGGUGGUGCAUCCGAAGCUGAAGUCAAGACACUGUGAGUCACCGGAUGACGAUCCUUGUGUUGACGCGGCGCGUGACCUGGCGUACUGUCCACCGGACAACUUCACGCCGACCGUGGCCCCGAUGCCUCGUAAAGCGACCGUGCCGCCACCGGCCAACCGAGCACCGAAGGCUGCACCACGAACGUCGCAACCGCCGACGCCGAAACCUAGAUCAGUUUUACCUACCACAACGCAACUAGAUAGUGUAAAAAAAUCAUGUGAUGAAGAAAUCGACUCCAGUGGGGCCCCCAGCUUGGACGGAGUGAGCUGCAGUGGCAGCAGCAGCACGUGCAGCGGAGUCAGCAGCAGCACCAGCUACAGCAACAGCACAAGCAAGGCGAUGACACUGUCCCGAGCGACGUUUUCGCAUACCGGCAGCAUGCCCCGCAACACCCUAAGACUGAUACCAGUGGACUUUUCACUGUUGAAUGAUGAUGACUUCAUCGACGAAGCAGCGAACGAAGGCGCAGACUCCAGCAGCGGCGGACAGAGGCAACAGCAAAACGGUGGCCACCGGAUAUCGUCCGGGGUUGGCGCCAAACGUAGCAGCACCGACGAUCGCAACACCGACAGUACAAACCGCUCGAUGAUCGUCAACAACGAGAACAACCAGAACAACAUCAACACCGUGCUGCGACGAACAAAAAACAUCAUCACCCACGACGAAUAUCAUCGGUUCUGUGAUAAGGCUCUCGAAACCUACGAUCUCGCUACGCAGUGCGAGUCGCGGAGGGCAUCGAUGCGCCGACACACCAUCAUCGGGUGCAAUCAAAACUACAAGCUCGACCCAAUGGCCAGCCAUUCGAUGCCUCCGUCGAGGCCCGUUUCCCGCCAAUCGGAUCGGGAGCAUGCGACGAAUGGGAAACUCGAAAGCGGUGCCACGGUCCCCGCGGCGGCGGCAGGAUCUGCCAUGGCCAAGGAGAAACCGUCGGCGAUGGUUACGCCACACGUGGUGAAUGGUGCUGCGCGACCGGCACCGAUCGGUGGUAAUGGAGGUAGUGAGUGUGGCGUGGCCGGAACCGGCAGCAAUCUGUCUUCGCUCGACACCUGGACCAAAAAUUCGCUUGACGAAAGCCAGUGGAAGGAUACGUUCAAUCUGAACGAUCGGCUGUCGCUGACGCUGGAAGAAAUCGUACAUAUCCGCUCGGUGAUGACGAAGGCCGAGCUCGAGGGUCUGCCGGUGGACGUGCACAUCAAGGAGGACGUCGAGAAGCGGAAGGUGUGCUUCCUGUGUCUCCGCACCCGCUUCACCCUGUUCGCCCGGGGCAUCCUGUGCAAGCUCUGCCAACGGACGGUUUGCAACAAAUGCAAUACGAAGAUGCGAAUACCUACCGAACAUUUUCGCAAUGUUCCCGUGGUGCUCCUGUCACCUUCGCUUAUGAGCAGCCCCUGCACCUCGAACACACCCUCGCCCAGUCACCAUGCGCACGGUGGCGGCACCGGGUCCGGGCCGACCAGCAUGGUAGACGAAUCCUUCCCCCGAUCCCUGAUGGAGCGACUCUUGCGGCCUGAGUUAGAUCGGAAGACUCGAAACACGGUUGGCAGUGCUCCAUCCUCACCAAAGAACCAACGGUCAGCCUCCAGCACACCGGGCACCAGUCUGCACGGUGGCGAGACGCUUUCGCUGUCACUUUCGCACCACUCCUCCGGUGUCCAGCAUCAUCACGCCGCCAAAGAACACGCCGUAGCGUCCUCGGCUGCCAUCGUCAGUGCGCAGAAAUGCUCGCUCAUGUCACGCAGCAUGGAAGGACCGAACAGUCUUCCGCCGCAAAGCCCCGCCAGACCGCACUCCAACUGCAGCACGCUGGACAGAAAGAACCGCUUCACCAAAGCAUUCACCCUAACGGCGGCGGGCGGCCAGAGCGGGGUGUUGGACCCGCAAAAGGAACGGCUCACCGGUGAGCUGAUGGCCGUCUGCAACGAUUGUCGCAGCCUGGUGCUGGAAAUCAUACGAUCAUCGCGACAAACCCGAACAACGGCCCGCAAUCAGGUGUUGCGCCAUCUGACGCUCGACAUCUCGCCGGUGUACAAGUAAGCGAUUGGCGGGAGGCACUCGCGGGAUCGCGGGAUCCAUCGAGAAAGGAACGCGCUGAUGUUUGAUUGUUGGAUUUGAUUUUUUUAAAUAUCUUCCCGGCAUCUGAUUAUGAAAGGAUUAGCGAGGGCGAGAGAGUAUAAAAAGCAAAUUAAGGGAGGGGCUGAGUGAGGACGAGAUCAUCCGGAACACUACAAGUUGCGCCCAGGUUUGUUUGCGAAUGUUGUAUUUAUUAUAAUUAUUUAUUUAAAACAAACGGUACUUCCCUUCAAAUGAGUCAAACAAUGGGGCAGUAGAGCUGGGUGGACGCGCGGCACGAACCAUCGAAAGUUCCAGGAUCACGUUCGGUCGUCGUUUGCGAGCGGAAGGCACACUUGGCCCCUCAUAGUAAACUGAAUAACCGCCCCCGGCAGCGGACAGACUGAUGGAUAUCUGUAUGGCAUUGUAAUUAGGUUUUUCUCCGGUUUUCAACCAUGGUUUUUGUUUUGUUGCCUUUUAUUUCGAGAAAAUGAGUUUUACACACACCCGAAAGCAGUACUGUUGGCGCGAGGGCGUUAGAUAAAGUAAAUUCAGGACACAAAUAAAUUGUCGUUCAUAGAUCCAUAGGGCACGUGAUCGAAAUUUAAAAUAAAUCAUAUCAUCUUCAGUGCAUUCAUUUGAACAAUUUCAUUUGUUUUUUCUUUAUUUUGCGAAUCAGCACAUUGAAGUGAAGCGAUAGUUUUUGGAAAAAAACGUUAAUUUAUUCUCCUUGCGAAACGCUGGCUUUCAUUAGUAAGUUACGUGGAAGCUCGAAAUAUUUUCUGAGCGAGGAAACACUCAUUAGCAAUCGAACCUAUUCACUAUCGCCGUAGUUCGAUGUGUUUCGUGAAUAAUCAAUAGUAGAAAACUGUACUGUCGCACCAACCGUAACUACAGACUGCGCUUUGUGAGGAGACCCCGCACAUGAUCACAUUGUUUGCAUUGAUGUUUACGCAGCUACUGAUAACAAUCAUUACAGAAAUUAACCAACAGGAUUAAAUUAACUAAUCUAUCUAUCGCAAAAGCUUAGCGGAACUCUAACGUGCGCGCGAUGCUAGUAAAUGCAACGCAAACAGCCAAAAUCGAUGGCAUAAUACUGUUCGAAAAAUUGUAGUGUUUUGUGAAUUUAUUUUUCAUUUCCGCCGAGAAAGUAUUGCAAAUAAAUUAUUCAACUUGCGGAAGAAAUAUAUAACAAAGCCACAUGAUAGACAAAUGCAACAGUGCUUUCGCACUCUUGCCAUCAGUACAUGAAAAAUUCGAAAACAAUAGAAAAAUGACCGUUGAUGUUUAUAGCCGUUGUUUGUUCGAAAGGAAGGAUAUCUUCGAGGGCCGUUGGUAUGGGGAAACAGCGGGGCACGUGGAAACGGAUGAUCGCCCAGCACGUCUGUUUGCUUGUUGUGAAAUGAAGUGAUCACUGGAAACCUUGAAAAUUAGCAUAUAGUGGAGUAUAUCAACCAUAGAAAGGCUGUCACUAGUAUAUUUAUACACAAAUCUUCCAUCUUUGCGAACUACAACCGACUUUUAAAUGCGUUCAGUAGCGAGAAGGCACACGAGUACUCGACCUGCAAUACUCAUACGAAUCGUAGAUGAACAUUUUAACACUACUUCCGAAUGCAGAACGAAGAAAACGGAGCCCGUCUACGGGACGAUCAAAGUUUUCCAUGAAAGUAUUAUCACAUUUAUGCGACUAAUUAAAGAUGGAGACUGUAGAUGAAUCUAGGGAUGAAAGCACGAAUGCGAAGGAAACAGGCACAUUGCGAAAAACCAGCGUAUCGAAUGUGGAAGGAUGGAAAGGAUAAUCACGGUGCUCAAGAACCACGACGGUGCAUCGGUGGUUUGUAAAAACGAGAAGUACAUGUAAAAAGUAUCAGUGCAUUAAAGGAAGGUUUGCUCUUAUUAAAGAAAGCUAUUAAUUAUAUAAAAGUAAUCAUAAUAAAAAGAGAAAAGUAAAACUAAAACACACUUAAU